AUGCACGCCGACGCGAGCGCCGCGCACGCCGCCGCGCGCGCGACGCUGCGUCGCCUCGCGAUGCAUCUCACCGAUGCGAUUCAGCGCCAGGAGGUCCAUCAGUGGUCGCGCGGCGUCGCGACGACGACGGUCGAGCUCGAACUUCGAGCGCUGUGCGACGCGCGCGAUGCGCUCGAAGUGAUGGCUCGAGCGCUGGACGGCGCGAUGGCGGCGACGCGGGAGAAUGGACGAGAGACGGAACGCGCGGGCGCGGCGCUGGAGCGGGCGCGGCGACGCGCGUUCGCGGCGACGAUGAAGGCGCUGGAGAGCGUGAGCGAGGAGCGAGAGGCGCUGCGACGAGUGCGGGAAUUUUUGGAGAUGCCAGGAGAUCUGGAGAUGUACGCGCGGAUGAUGGACGGUGGAUUUGAGGUGAUGAAAUCUUCGGAGAGUCCGCUGCGAGCGGCGACGGAGGCGACGCGCGCGGCGGAGACGCCGACGUCAUUCUUGGGAGCGAAGGAACGCGACGAUCUAGCGGUGAGCGACGAAGAUGUGAGCGAGGAGGAGGCGGUGCGAUUGUUUGAGACGUUUAACGCGUAUUCGCAACCGAUGACGCCGAGAACGUAUCAUCACAACGGCUAUCAGUUGGACUCGUUUGAGAGCGAGGUGAAAUCCAACCGCUACGGCGACUCGCCGGGGGGUAUCAGUGAAGACAGCGCGUACGGCGCGCAGGACGACGCGGAUGCGAAAAAGGGCGCGGUCAAAGCGAGUAAGACGCACAACGGUGGCGCGUGGGUGGCUGUGGCGCUCGGUGCGAUCGCGGCGGCGGGGCUCAUGCGCGCCGCGGCGACGCCGCAAGUCGCCGCGCUCAAGGCGCUCGCGGCGUUGAAGAUGGGCGCGUUUAAGCGACGCGCCGCCGGUGCGGCGCAAAAGGUGUCACAAAAUGCGCUCGUCAAAGCGAAAGAAGCCUUCACGAAGAAGAAGCGCGCGGUCGAGGCGACACCCAUGGCGGACCGUCGAGCGACGUACGUGGUGAAGCACACGCGCGCCGCGUUCGAGGGCGACGCCGGCUUGGAGGCGCUCGAGCACGCCGGCACGCGAGGCGUCGCGUCCAUUCGAGUGUCGAGUGAUAGAUCAUCGUUCGUCGACAUCCCCGCGCGUGAUUAUCGCUGGAAACCGAGCGUGAUGAUUGGUCGCGGGUGA